AUUUUUCUCAAGUUAGGGGGGCAUAGUUGGUAAGCAAAUGUUCGUCGAGCGAUACAUUCGACCGCAGUGGCUGUAAUUUGCAAUCGCGAAUGUUUUCUCCAACAUUUCAAGUGAAUUUUCCAAUAUCUGCAAUUGCCAAUAUAGUGUCUAGUGCCUUUUUAAGGGUAGGUUUCUUUUAAACGGGACCUUCUUCAAUUUAGAAACUGUUUUGUUGGAUGAAAAUUCUGUGUUGUUUUCUCCCCUAAUCUCCAACACGGUGACGUGUGUCUAUGUGGUAGUUGACCUUGAAGAAGGUGCAUUCAAUUUUCCACUACAUCAGCUUGUACUCUACACCAAUGUCAGUGAAAAUUUUCAUCAACAAGAUGUGACAACAGCCACCGUGUCACGUAAUAUGACAGUGAAAAAAAACUGUGAAAUAAAUAAAGAAAUUGGUGAAAGAAAAGUCAAAAACCAGAGCAGAAUACAUAUGAAUUGGUGAAAAGUGUUGGUGAAGGAAUUUACCAUUGGAAUUUUCUUUGUGUCCUAAAAGAAAAAGUGGGAAAUUUAUAAUUGCAAGGAAAUGAAAUCAUAUGUUCAAUGAAAACAAAAAUUGUUGUUGAAAUGUCGGUGAAUUGGUGAAUUCGGAAGAACGUUGGUGAACUUUGUUUUUCCUCAGCAAAUUAUAUCUGAGAGCAAACAUUAAGUUGAAUAUUUUCUCUCAAACUUAUCAUAGUUUUCACCUGGUCGCCGUAACAUUGGUGAAAAGGUAUUUUAGUCGUUCUCCGGAUUAGGCAGCUUCAAGGACAUCGUUCCCCUAAUUCGGUUCUGUGCAAGUGCUCAUUGUGCUUAAAUUUCUAUAGAUAAAAGAAGAUCAGCCUCAAGUUGAUUUUAUAAUUGUCAAUUCGCAACAAUUGUGACAUAAUAUGUGAUAAUAUUACUUUUCCAAACCACUUGAACUAUAAUAGCCCACAAAGUGCCUUAAUUUCUGAUCCCAAACAAAGACCGAACCCUUCCCAACUGAUUAUCAAACUACCGACAUUUUUUCGGAAAAUUCCGGUAAAAUUCCAUUCAUCAAUAAUCUACAUUUGGAUUACGUAUAUGCAACUGCUAGUCCAUUCGAAAUUCACCAACGCCAACGAGUCGGUGUUUCGGUGUCCCCGCAAAAACACAGCAGCUAAUCAAUGACCAAACUAGUCGAGAUAGUCAACAGUACCGUCACUGAAACUAGAAAAACAAGAGAGGAUUGAUGUGGGCCUUAAAAAAUAUGGAUAGAAAAAUAGUCCAUUUCAACGAUAUUCAUUUAAUUCAAAUAUAAUCAUUUCGCGAUGAAAACAAACUGGAUUUUCCGGUAGCAGAUAAACCCAGCAGAAAUUAUGUCGUCAAACAAACAUUUCAAGGAACACCUCACAACUAAAAUCGAUUCAAAAAGACUUUCGCAAAAAUAUAUUUCAAUGAAACUCAAAUAACAAAAACAAUAUCUAAACUUUUGAAAAGGAAUAGAAAUCGUUUAUUUUUAUAAUAAUUCAUCUGAUGAUGUGCAACAUCGUUCAAUUAAUGAUAAAGACCUUCCUUCCAGAAUUCAAUUCUAACCUGAACUAAAGUAGAGUAAAUUUAAGCGCUAAAAUCCUUGCAGUGGUACUACAUAUAAUGAACGUGCUACAAAGAUAGUGAUCAAUUUUCUCGUAUACUCCCUGGAAUCCUUUGAAUAUAAUGUUCUUAUUUUUUAAGUAUAAAGUGAUUAAAUAUUUAGAAGACCAUCAGAAUUGAUAAAAAAUCGUUAAAAGUAAGGAAAACUGAUUGAAAGCUGUACAUCUCAUCAAAAUGAUAAGCAAUAUGCAACACCAACAGUACGAGAGUGUAGCGAUGGAUCAACUCUUACCAUCACAGCAAGCAGUUGUUGAAAAAUACGUAAACAACAAUAACAACAAUAUGAAUAAAAACAUUCAUAUUAUGACAUCAAGCAUUCUAACGUCAUCAUUUCAAAGUUCCGAUGUCAUAAUCUUCGAUCCGGAAGAAAUCAAUGAUACUAACUCUAGUUUGAAUACCAAAGAAAUUAUAACAGUAGCCGCAAGUCAACCUCUUUAUGAAAAUUCAUCAAUAAUUCCGUUAAUAACGACCACAACGACAAGCUCGACACUAUCGAAUGCUACCAGUGCAGUCAAUCAUACCAAUCAAAAUCAUUCGGCAAGUCGUAUCUUUAAUGGAACUCAAGUACCAGUCAGAACUGUACCGUCUGAAUUAGUAACGGGUGAUGGGAAUGUACAAAAUGAUAAUCGUAGCCAUGAAUAUGCCUUGAUAAGUACUGUAUGUGAUCGAGAAACAAUAGUAGUCCAGGACCAGGUUUCAUCCAUCAACAAAUAUCACACAAUUCGGCCUGAUGAUCAGCGUGAGAGUCCUAGCGAUGCACUUCGACGCAUUGAGGAUGUUCACAACUAUUCGAAAACCUCAAAAACUAAAAUGGACGAAAGUACAAAUAGCAGUAGUCCAGAAGAUGAUGACGAAGAUGACGUUAGUGAUGACAUGGAUGAUGUAUUUGAACCUCCUAACAACAAGACCAUUGAAAACUACUUCAAAAAUCACGUUGCCAAUAGAAACAAUUGUGAUACCAGCGCUAGUAAGCAAGCUCCACUAAAUAAACAAUCACAACAACAAAAAAGUCAUCACAGAGAAAUUUUCAAUAGUUUUGAUGAAAUCAUAUCAUCAACUACGCCAACAAUUUCAUCACCAACAGCAACAAUUGCUGUUUCAUCGUCAAGUAAAUCUGACAACAUGGUAUCUUCUACAUCACCGAAAAGCAUCAAUUCACCAACAAUUCCAACUACCUGUGCCGAUGUACCUGAUGAUGUUGAAAAAGGUGAACAUUUUGAUGAAAUUAAUGGUAGUGGUGGCGUUAAUGGUGAUAAAACGGCACCAGAUCAUCAUGCCCGUCGACCAAUGAAUGCAUUUUUGAUAUUUUGUAAGCGGCAUCGUGCCAUUGUUCGUGAUAAAUACAAAAAUUUGGAAAAUAGGCAAAUAACAAAAAUAUUGGGAGAAUGGUGGGCUACCUUAUCGGAUAAUGAGAAGGCUUGCUACACGGAUCUUGCUAAACAGUACAAAGAUGCUUUCUUCAAAGCCAAUCCAAACUUCAAAUGGUACAAGUUGCCCGCACCACCAUUACGCACAUGUACAAUACGUCCUGGUCAUCAAUCACCGACUUCUCCAAAUGCACCAAACUAUAAUUAUCAUGCAUCAGAUGUGAACGGAACAAAUGAUGAUGGAAUGGAUCGAUUUAACUGUGAUAAUGGAUAUGUCAGGAAAACGUCGACUUCUUUUCUGUUCAAUGCAGAUAAUAUCUUUAACGAUAAUAGUAACAAUCGUAAUAGCAGUAACAAUAGCAAUAGUGUCUAUAAUCAAAGAAAACUGACAAAUAAUGUAGGAGUUUUUAAGCUCGCCGACGAAGCUCAAAUGGGUAGUUUGAGUCAAUUGUGCGGCAGGGACGGUAGCAGUUCGUCGUCGAGUAGCAGCCCAAAUGCAAAUGGAAGUGAUAAUGCUAACAGUACCAAUGCCAAUGACAAUAAUUCUGGAUAUACAAAUGAUAGUCAAGCGAACGCAUUGCAAAACGCCUUAGGCGAGACAUCUGACUUUUUGUCAGUUGCAAUGGGGUCGUGUGAAGCCGAGUCGGAUCCGUAUCAAAACAUGCGAGAUCAUGCGAAUCGCAUGGAGACAAAUCAGAUGUUAAAUGGCAAAAGGAAAGCUUCAGAAGAACAUAUAACUUGGAAUGCAAGCAAGAAGCCUUACUCGCCGACAGAAAGUAAUGAAUGUAGGGCUUCGAGAUCGUGCAAGGGAAAACGCUAUCAAGAAUUCAUAAUAUCCGGCCAAAUCACAUCGUGUGCAAAAAAGAUAAACCCAAAACCUCGAACUAGUGCAACUGUUACUUCGUUGAACGGUCUCUACAAGCGUCCCGAGCACUUGUCUGAAGUUGGAGGUAAUCACACUUUCAGCUCAUAUAAUCAAACUUCGCCUCAACCAAAUCACAUUGAAAUUAUCAUUCCUGAUCGAUUAGAGGCUAAUUCUCCAUACGGAAGUCAACCUCAACUCGACUCACCGAAUUCUCAAAAGCAGUUUGAUGCAUCCGAUUUCGAUCUAGAGGAGAAAAUCAAAGCUCUGCCGGCUCAGUGCUUAGAAUCGUACUUAUUGCGAAAGCGUGAGACCAAGAAGAAAAAGAAAAUCAGCUCGAAACGUCGACCAGCCACAUCCUCUUCAGCAAAGUCAUACCAGGUGCCUCAAAAUCGGCACCAGCAAUGCAAUCAACGUCCAUCGUCACCGAAGACAAUUUUCGAAGCUCGUGAAAGGCUUCAAAACGCAAUGGUCGGCAGCCAGAAGCGAAAGGCUCGCAAAGAAAGCAUCACUAGACGUGACGUUAAUACACUGAACUCCUCAUCUGCAGCAAAUAGCGUAUUCGAUGCAGUAGGAUUAGUACAACUGACCAGCGGCACUAAUGGUUGUGAUGCGAAAAUUAAAGUUGAGUUGGAUCCAGACAACUAUGUAAGCUCUGGCCAGCUGGUUGAUGGAAUGAUGACUAUCAUAAAGAAGGAGCCGGAGAACAUCACUACCAACACUGCUGAUAGCAGCACACCUACCUCAGAUCUACUCAUUCUAGCUGAAGUCGCCACUAAUCAUAUUGCCGAGUGAAAUAUUUGGGAGAUUUAGAAGUUAGUGAAGCGAUGAAAAGAUAUAAACACACAAUGAAAAUCAGAGGAAAUAGUUUAGUUUAGCCUGUAGUUGACUGCAAUUGCUAUUUGUUUUUGUUCACAGCUAAAGCCUUUUCGAAGUCCGUUUUGGAAAUUAUUUUUUUUCUCAAAACUAUGAAGUGAUAUUUGUCCUACUUUGAAAAACACAUGAACUUCUUGGAUUCCCAAUCAAAAUAGAAAAUCUUUUGUCCUAUUCCAUCAGAAAUCUACAAAGGAUACUACGGACUUGGAGAAGGAUCGCAUAAGAUUUAUAUCAGUUAUUAUUUUUGACAGAUUCCUUAUAUACUUGUACAUUUAAGUAAUAUCACUUUACAUACAUGAAUAUUUCUUACUUUCCUUUUUUUUUUGAUAUUAUCAUAAUAUAUAUUUUAUCAAUGUUAUGUAGUGCUAUUAUUGGUUACGAGAAGUGCACGAUGUAUGUAAUAUUAUAACUCCUCAGCAUAUGUUUGUAUGUUACGAUUAUGUCCGUAUUUUUUUAAGCUAUAGCAAUCAUAAUCAGAAUAUUUUAUCCUCGUUACUACUCCCACUAUCGCGUACAAUGACUGAUUGGUAGAGAGAAGAGAGAGAAACUUAUAUAAAUAGUCGACAAACAAUGUGACCGUCUAGUGCCCAAUCGUCUUUCGUUUAUUUUUUUAUUCAAAAGCAACUUAUUGGAGAGAAAAGUGAAAGAAUAUAUUGAAAUAUUGAAUAAUAAUGUUUAUUUUUCUAAUGUUAAACAUACUCACAUUUUAAAAGAAAAAGUAAAAAACUUAGUCUAGUGGAUAAGCGAGAGUGUGCUAAACUAGAGAGAGAGAAGGAAAGAGAGGAAGAUACAGGAGCAGACUGGUGGCAAAUUAUAGAAAACUCAAAGUGUAAUGAAGAAAGGAAUUUUUUGUUCUUGUUAAAUAGGUUCAAAGACCAAAGUGAAUUGUUUCCGAAUUAGUCCGCUGUAGUUAUUAUGACGUUAUUGUUUUUUAUUAUUAUUUUGGAAAGACAUUAUGUUGAAGCCAUCUUGUUUUAGAAAUAAAUAUUUGAUUAAAUCACACUAAAA